GACUUCGAUGAGGUGAUCGAUUGGUGGGCCUCGCAUGAUGCGGGUGAAGGCACUGGUGUGAAGCUUGUGAAGGCUUUUCAAUGACCAAGGGUCACCCAGUGCGAGGACACCAAUCAACAAGGCCGAUCGGCGAGAGGUCAAAUGUUAUAGUACAAAUAAGCAGCCUUAUCAACACUCUUGGGGUUGCUCAAACAUAUGUACCUCUUCUACCAAAAUCUGGGUUCUUCAGCAUCAUGAGGGCCCUUCAUCUUGUUGCGGCCACUGCGAUCUUCAGUAUUGCCACAGCCCAUUUCGAGCUCGGCAAGCGCGCAGACUUUGGGAUUGAUUGGAAUGAAGAGGAUUUCAGCAGUGAAUCUGUGUUUCAAGAUGCAGAGCCGGCCAUAUUCCUAGACGCGAUUCAAGGAUCGGAAAAGAAUGUGACACUCUCACAGUUGCAAGAUCGCAGCACGGAGCUGUACGAGAGACAGCAGUGUCAAGCUGGAUAUGGUUAUUGCGCUGCAUUCGGAAGAUGUUGUCCCAGCAGCAACAAGUGCUGUGGUUACGGCUACUGUCUCGAGCCAGGCAAGACCUGCUGUCCUAACGGCCCUUGCGACGCUGGGUUGACUUGCUGCGAAAAUAAAUGCAUUCCUAACGGCGCUCAGUGCUGCCGCGGUGGUGCCUAUUGUGAGGCUGGAAAUAUGUGUGUACUUUACAAUGGAAGAGGUGUGUGCUGCACCGACUUGCAGUGCACUGCUGUCGUGAGGGGCGGUACAACUUCCUUCGCUACAACGACUACACCGGCACCGGCGGCGCCACCGCCGCCAACAAUCACGCAGCCGCCGAGGACAACGCAAGUAAUUGUUGACAGUUUCACAACAUACUACUGGACAGUAAGGUGGAGGUACUUCAGUUACUACUGGACUAUCUUCCAGGCUCGAAGCACAGUGACCUACACAACCAUCACCUUUACAACAAUCUACACAACUACCGCGACCGACGACAGAGCAGCUUCAGCCAUCUUCGCAGAGCUGAGCAAGACCUUGACCUUCUCAACACCUGCGGAGGCAACUACUCUUGCAAGUCUACUCGACGCAGCGCCGAGUCCAACUGCAACUCCAACAACAGCUUUAGAAACGGAGUUGGGCAGUUCAGAGGCGCCUGAGCCUACGUCUCAGAAUAUUUUGCUGCCUCCACCGAGCGAUGAUAAGACUACGUCUGGCCCUUCGGUGACUCGGGCAUCAACCUCGAGGACUUCGUCGUCAAGGACUGCGUCGAGCUCGAGUGCGCCGUCUACGAUCUCGGGUAGUGCAAGUGCUGCAGGGGCGAUGGCUGUGCAGACGACUUUCGUUGUUUUAGCAGCUCUGAGCGGAGUGGUGAUGAUCUGGCUUUAGAUCAGUUCGAGGAUGAAAUCUGCUGCACAGUAGUUGGGCCUAGGACAUCUCAUGUAGUCUCGGUGUAGCAGAAAUACUGGCCAAGGACUCGAAGUGUAACCUGGUAACCUGUUGCUUACACUCCCUGGUUUACGAGAAGACAAGCGCAUGUGAGACUUAGUAUCAUUUCCACCCACCCACUGAAAGCUACCCAGAGAGGGCUGA